GUCAAAGUCAUUCUCCGAUAAAUCUCGGAAUAUCAUCGGUUAAUAGACGAAGUAAAUAUGGAAUAAAAUAAAAGUUAAUGUUUUCCGGUUAUCGACCAAGUGCGGGGUCAAUAGGCCGUGUCUAAAUAUAACCGAGAGGCCGUAGAGAAUUAGAGGAAACAACUCAGGAAGUUGGAGGCGUUCUGGUUCCCUCCGUAGCAAUCAGAACUUGAGUUGACUCGAAUGAACUUCUCCAGGAUACGACCUAAAGAAAUGAAAAGAAAAUUGAAGUAUUUCUUCGCCUAGUUUCAUUGACGAUUCUAGAGAGGUCGAGGGCUUGUCCCGUCUCCAGGAGGUGCCUGGUACGCUCUAUUCCUCAUUCCCUUGCCCCUCUGUCUCCUGAUUUGAUCCCUCAACCCCUCCGAUCCUUUCAUACCUCCACUGGUGACUCUGCGCCUGCGGAAUUCCCUUGGUAUUCCCACACCUUCGCCAAAUGUCAGGGCUUACCUCAAACUCACUCAACACGAGGACUUCCAGUCACUGGGCGAGAGCCUGACUCCACCGUGUACCUGUCUAGUUCAUAGUUCAACUUGAAUUUUUCUUUCUCUAUUUUUCAAUCCGGAAUUAUCAAUUUUGUGAUGAGUAUCUCUCGUCAUCCGGUGAAUUGUUGCUGUCAUGUUUGAUUUUUCUGGGGAGAGGCUUUCGGGAAGUGGAGGGGACCUCAACAGGUAGUUCAUGCAUAUUAUUACAACCUCGAUUUUAAGUGGCUGGUAUCGUUUGGAGAGCAUGAAGUCGUGAAGAAGAAGAACACGUGCUCGCACGAAUGAGCGGCCAGGAUGACGAUGAGGAUGUCCAGACGGGGGAAAGCUGCAGAAUGGAGAAGACGAAGGAAAAUGGAUUUUGCAAAAUCGAGGGCUUGAGAGAGAACAAUAAUAAUGAGGAGAUCAGUGGAGGAUUGCUCUCUAUCAGGGGUUCAGCACCCACCAUGGCAUUUCCAGCGACUCUUCAAGAACGUUUUCUCCACAUAAAACAGAUUGUUAAAGAGGCGAUAGAGUCACACCACACGUUUAUGAUCUACGGUCGUGCCAAGGUCGUUCGUGAAUGCAUGCUAAAACGAGGAUGGAUUGAGAAAUUGUGCCGUAGAAGUAGCAAUGGUGACCGUGUGAGAUAUUUGCCAGAGAGAAAGACUAAACGUUCACGAAAUUGGAAAUUUACAGUAGACAGUCAACAGCAGGGCCAGCAGAUACAGCAAUUGUCCAGCCAGGGUGGUCAACAGCAUGCCCAGGGACACGUUGGAGUGGACACCAGUCCUGUGGUACUGCUUUCGGGGAUUGGUGAUCUCAGGGAUGAGCAGAGCCAGAGACUGCUCAUGUCCAAGAUGCUGGCUAAUCACACUGUUGAUUUUUUGUGGAAUUCUGGGUCCGAGUGGCCUGGAUGGCCCAGUCAGGAUAACAAAACUACUAUUUUUAAUCGAUACUCCAGGGCUGGGUUCACUUCCAAGGUGGGACUUUGUGCGAAUUUGAGACAGGUACACUGGUAUUAUGAGCCUGGAGUGGCGAACACUCUGUUCCCCAGGUGUUACAACGUGUGUCAGGCUGACCACAUGCACGCCUUCAUCGAGGAUUUUAGGCACACAGCCUGUCUGAGUAUUUUAAAAUGGUUCGUGGAGAAGAUGAACAACGAGGGGGAGAAUCUAUCUGUGUCCUCUGGUGGAACAGUCCCCCUGAAAGCUCUGGACUUCGCGAUAAGACGAUGCAGCGAUUACAUCGAGGCCCAGUCCCACGAGGACAUUGACAAAGAGUGCGAGAGGGUGUGGUCUCACCAGUGGGAGCAAUUCAUCACCUGGUACUACAAAAUUGUUCACGAGGAGGAGACCUUCUUCGGGACUAAUGUCUCUGUCCAUAAGUAUCUUCAAGCCUCAAAACACAUUCUGAAGCGCAUCCGCAAGCACUGGCAUCAGCUCGACAUGGACGGAGUAUCGAACGUGUGGAUCCUCAAACCAGGAAACAAGAGUCGAGGUCGUGGAAUUGUUCUCAUUAAUAAAAUCGAGGAUGUCGUGGCUAGAGUGAAUCCCGCAAACAAGUCAGACACUCGUUACGUCGUCCAAAAAUACAUCGAGAGGCCAUUAUUAAUCCACAACACGAAAUUCGACAUAAGACAGUGGUUUAUUGUAACGUGCGCUCAACCAUUGACUUUGUGGAUGUACAGGGAAAGUUAUCUCAGAUUUUGCUCCCAGGAAUUUCGACUCAGUGAUCUUCAUGAGUCAGUGCAUCUUAGUAAUCAUGCUGUACAGUGUAAAUAUAAGAAUAGUCCAGAUAGAAAUUCGGCACUGCCGCCGGAUAAUAUGUGGGAUGCCACGACGUUCAAACAUUUUUUGAGAUCUCAGGGUCACAAUACCGCAUGGGACGAGUUAAUAUAUCCUGGCAUGAAACAAGGACUUGUCGGAGCCCUUCUGGCAAGUCAGGAAGCUAUGGACAGACGGAAGAACAGCUUUGAACUUUACGGAGCCGAUUUCAUGGUCAUGGAGGACUUCUCCGUCUGGUUGAUCGAGAUCAAUAGCCAACCGGACAUGAGUUAUUCCUCUAGCGUUACGAGUCGAUUAUGCAAACAAGUGAUGGAGGAUAUAGUUAAGGUUACCGUGGACUUCCGAGAAGACAAGAAUGCCGAUACUGGAUUAUUCGAUCUUGUUUACAAACAGAAGAUGCCGAACUGUCAGCCCUAUUUAGGCGCUGCAUUAUCCGUUCAAGGAACAAAAAUAAAUUCCAACGAGAGGAGAAUGACUCAUUUAGAUCCGAGAGUUCUUCCGAAAUUUCCAUUGAGUUGCCUAACGAGCCGAAAAAAAUCCACUGCCAGCAGCUACAUAGGACCAGUGAUCGUCGACCUAAUCGAGGAAUUAGAAAUUCAACUAGAUCGUGAAUUACACUCGUACUGCAAGCUCGACUCGCCAGUAGACUCUAACAAUUCAUCCCCGAUAAUAUCUUCCCCAGUGCUAUCAUCCUCUCGAGCUUCCUUAGCAUUAAUUCAAGGUAAAAUCGAGGCUACACCUCCUGGCUCGAUAAUACCCAGCAGUUCCGGUGGCAUCAGUCCCACAGCAAAAUCACCCACACAAAUUGCUCAAACUAUACCGAAAAGCAGUCGUUCAACGAACUCUACAAUGAGAACAUCCAGCAGAUUGAAAAAAAUAACGAAGGAAACGUCUGCAGGGCAGACGGUCCCCUCGAGAAUAUCAAGAAGUCAACGAGAGGCUAAAACAGCCAUUGAAACGAGAUCGAAUAAAUCAGACAGGACUAAAAUUCAAAACGAAGAGAAACUAAUCGGUGUCGCAAUGCGCAAUGCAGCGAACAAAUACAAAAAAUAUGGAACAGCUCCUGUGGAGGUGCCUGCCCUCCCUUCUUUUCUCGUCCCCACGAAAACGGGAAAACGAAUGAUUCGCUCGUCUUCAGUGAGCACUAAAACGAGAAUCACUUCAAGCAGAAUAAAACGACAAGAAGGCAUCCCAGAUAUGGCUGAGAUGUAUGCAGUGGGUCUUGGAUUAACAAAAUGAGAAAGCCUCCAUUCAC